CACGACCAAUAGAUAUAACGGGACACAAAAUGUAUUCGAUUGGCCAUUCGAAUUAAAAAAUGUGUGUUUUGAAAGAAGAGAUUGGCUGAUGAUACAACUUCACCGUCAGUUUAAGUAGAGGAAGGCAGCUUUCGAAGGCAUAAAUGUACUGUCAGUGUAUUCAAGCAGUUUGGGACAUUUAUGAGGAAAGAACUUCGAAGGUCUGUCAUAGUAUAGCUGUAUAGAUGUGGUGUUGGAUAUAUGCAGAAAAUAUGACGCGAUUAGGCAAAGCAUUUAUACUGCUGGUGGCAAUUGGAUGUUUGCUCAUGAUAGCUCUGCUUGCCAAUUUUUCCCAUCUGCUAAAUAAUGAACCAAGACCGUCUGAUUCUAAAGAUUCUGGGGAAGUUCCUCAUCUAAGGAAACUUAAGGGUCUGUCUUGCAUAAAAAUGCGAUGUUACGUCAAAUAAUCCGUUAAGUCCAAGUACUCUAAAAAAAACAUAGAGAUGAGAAGACGUGUAAUCAAGCUGGAUGAAGAGUGUAAAAAGCUAGUCAAGAAUGGAUCUGAAUUCCGAAACAUACAGAAAUCCAAGUUAGAUCAUUUAAUUGUAGAUGAUCGGUAUAAAGUUAUGUACUGUUAUGUGCCAAAAGUUGCGUGUACGAAUCUCAAACGUGUAUUUUUAUUGCUCAGUGGUAAGAUGAAUGAGACAGACCCGCUGAAACUAAAAUCUGGUGAUGUGCAUGCAGGUUUUGAUAAAUACCUCACUUACUUAGAUACUUUCUCUGCUGCAGGCAUUAAGUAUCGAUUUCUUCAUUACAAAAAGGUAAUAUUUGUUAGAGAACCUUUAGAACGUGUACUGUCUGCGUAUAGGAAUAAAUUUGUUCAACAAGGGAAUGAUUACUUCAAGGAAAAAUUUGGGAGAAAGAUAAUCAAAAGGUUCCGAGAAAAUCCAAGUGAGAAAUCCUUAAUGAAAGGGGAUGAUGUGACUUUUAAAGAGUUUGUGCAAUAUUUGUUAGAUCGUAAAACGAUUGAGCAAGGUUACAAUGAACACUGGGAGUCAUUCCAUGACCUUUGUCACCCUUGUCAUAUACGGUAUAACUAUAUUGGAAAUUACGAGACUUUAGAUGAUGAUGUUAAUGGCCUCCUGAAGAUUCUCGAAGUGGAGGAUAAAAUCCAGUUUCCUGACAGAGGGGACAUGUACAAAACAUUGAAAACUGAAGAUAUACUGCUGAAGUUUUAUCAGGAAUUGGAACCACAAAUGCUGACGAAGCUGUGGAAAAUAUAUGCCAAAGAUUAUGCUAUAUUUGAUUAUGAAAUCCCACCAACCUUAAAGAAAUUGAUGAAACAGGUACAUUGACAUGCAAGUUAUAUAGUCAUUUCAGGUAAAAAAAAUUUACAAAAUAGUUUAUAUUUGUUUAUUUUUUGCAUGAAAAAAAUGUCAAAAGGCAUUUUGUUGAGAGGUCCAAAGCAUAAAAAUUAAUGUAUUUAUCUUUCUAGACACCUGCUGUAGGUGUAAUGUUCUUGCCAACAUAGAUUUGGUAGUUUUUAUGCCAUUUUUAGCUUUUAAAUAGCUUUUUAUAUUUGUAUGGAGAGCUAUCCUACUCAACAUGGCGUUAGCAUCCGUUCCGUGUCCACACCUUUAUUAAAGUUUUGAUUCCCUUUUUUCUUUAUCUCAGUAUUUACAUGAUGGAUUUUAAACUCAGAAUAAUUAUUCCUCAUCAUCACCAACAUCAUAUGGCACAAGGGCCAUUAUCUCACACCAAUAUUUAAUGAAUUAUCUCCCCUUUUUACUUUCAAUUUCGUGUUAAAGUUUUGUUGCACUUUCACUUUAUCUCAGUUAUUACUAUUGUGUGAUUGGAUUUGAUUCAGACUUUACGAUAUUUGUUCCACAUCAUCACCUACAUCAUUAUUUCCAUAUCUGUAGCAUCAGUGUUAUCAGUUAUUCCUCUUUACUUAAAAGUUUAUGUUCAAGUUGUGCAAGUUUUCUCUAUCUCAGUUAUUACUUUUAAAGUUUUAUAGAUUUGAUUCAGACUUAAGAUAGUUGUUUCACAUUAUUAGCCACAUGAUAUGCCACAUGAUGCAUUUCUCUUGCAGAAAUUUUUCUUGAUUUAUGUCCCUUUUAUGCUUAUUUAAUGUUUUUAUGCCUCCAUCUGUGUUUUUACUAAAUACAUUUGACACAAACUAUUGUCUAAUAUCUUCAUCCGCAUUGGAGUCAUUAAACACUCCAGUGACAGCUCCAGCUUUCUCAGAUGUGCCCAAUUUCACAUCGAAAUAGUCAAGCUUGCAGUCUCCUGUGAAGACAGGUAUUGUUUCCACUGUUGCCAAAAGUUGAUUCGUUUAAAGUUAUGCUAAAAAGAUAAUUGCCUUAUAUUUACAACUGACUGAAUCAAAGUAAAUGGUAAAAAUAGGACUUAUGAAUUUAUGCAAAUUUUAUCCACUCUGAAAUUCAGGAAUUUUUAAGCAGUUUCAUUGCAAGUUUGCUUAAACUAGCUAUGAAUCAUGCAAAACUGCUCUUAGUUGUUUGUUUUGAUAAAGAUUCCACUUAAUGUAAGGUGCUUAUUAAAGUAAAAAAAAUUAUGCUUGUUUAUUUGGAGAUAUGCAUAUUUUAAGGCCCCUUAAAAUAGUUCAAAGUUGAUGUUUUAUCUGAUUUUUAGCUCACCUGUCACAAAGUGACAAGGUGAGCUUUUGUGAUCGCGCAGUGUCCGGCGUCCGUCGUCCGUCAGUCCGUGCGUGCGUGCGUCCGUAAACUUUUGCUUGUGACCUCUCUAGAGGUCACAUUUUUCGUGGGAUCUUUAUGAAAGUUGGUCAGAAUGUUCAUCUUGAUGAUAUCUAGGUCAAGUUCGAAACUGGGUCACGUGCCAUCAAAAACUAGGUCAGUAGGUCUAAAAAUAGAAAAACCUUGUGACCUCUCUAGAGGCCAUAAUUUUAAAUGGAUCUUCAUGAAAAUUGGUCAGAAUGUUCACCUUGAUGAUAUCUAGGUCAAGUUCGAAACUGGGUCACUUGCUUUCAAAAACUAGGUCAGUAGGUCUAAAAAUAGAAAAACCUUUUGACCUCUCUAGAGGCCAUAUAUUUCAUGAAAUCUUCAUGAAAAUUGGUCAGAAUGUUCACCUUGAUGAUAUCUAGGUCAAGUUCGAAAGUGGGUCACAUGCCAUCAAAAAGUAGGUCAGUAGGUCAAAUAAUAGAAAAACCUUGUGACCUCUCUAGAGGCCAUAUUUUUCAUGGGAUCUGUAUGAAAGUUGGUCUGAAUGUUCAUCUUGAUGACAUCUAGUCAAGUUUGAAAGUGGGUCACGUGCCAUCAAAAACUAGGUCAG